AUGCAGACUAUAAUUGUUCUAUUUGCCUUAUUCUUAAUUAACACCUUCAAAUGUGCAGAAUCUUACCCUCAGUGUUCAAAUAUUACCAAUGUGCAACGUUUAGAUUGUUAUCCAAAUAUUGGUUCUAAUGAAGGUGUAUGCAUUGAAAGAGGAUGUUGUUGGGUGCCUGAAAAUGAACAUGAUGGAUUACCUUACUGUUAUUUUCCAAAAGAUUAUUCUGCAUAUAUUGUGGUAUCAGCUGAGAAAACUAAACAUGGCUUUAUUGGACAAUUGAGCAAACCUAAUCCAACCUAUUAUCCAGAUGAAAUAAAAAGUAUUGCCGUUGAAAUUAGAGAGGAGACUUCCACUAGACUUCGUAUACGAUUUACUGUACCUUCGCAGCCAGACAGAUGGGAACCAACUAUUCCAUUGGGAAAGGUGGAUGAUACUCGCGUAAAAGAUGUUCAAUACAAAGUUGACAUGGAGAAAUCACCCUUUGGAUUAAAGAUUACGAGAAAUACUGAAGAGCAAGAUGUACUUUUGGAUUCAACUGGACAGUUGGCUAGUUCGCUUAUAUUUUCAAAUCAGUUUUUGCAGAUUUCAUUUCGUGUGAAUGCUCAAGUAAGCUUUGGUCCUGGAGAAAUAGAGCAAAAAUAUCCAAACACCUUCGAUACAUGGAUGCGUGCAGCUCUUUGGGGUCACGACGGGAAUCCACAGUCGUAUGCGAAUCUAUAUGGAACUCACAAUUUCUUCAUGGGUUUAAAGUAUGAUGGCACAGCAUUUGGAAUCUUCUUUUUAAACAGCAACGCUCAAGAAGUAGCAAUAACACCUCUACCAGCAAUCACAUAUAGAACUAUUGGUGGCAUUUUAGAUUUCUUUGUAUUCACUGGACCGAAACCACUAGACGUGAUAAAUCAAUAUUAUGGUCUUAUCGGUCAUCCACCGAUACCCCCAUAUUGGUCACUCGGAUUUCAUAUCUGUAGAUAUGGAAUGAAAAAUCUGGAUGAAGCUAAAGAAGUCCUCAAGCGAAAUGUGGAUGCUGGGAUUCCGAUAGAUGCUCAGUGGUUUGACAUUGAUUAUAUGGAUGCAUACAAAAUUUGGUCAGUGGACACAAAACGAUUUGGUGGAAUAGAUGUUUAUGUUAGGGAUAUUUUACGUGAGAAGUACAGUAUGAGAACAGUGUUGAUCGUAGAUCCAGCUGUCAGCACGAAAGGUGGUACUGGAUAUCGUCCAUAUGAGGAUGGUAUGAGACACGGUAUUUUCAUUAAUGACAGUCGAACUGGGACACCGAUUCUAGGUACCGUGUGGCCAGGUGAAACAGUUUUCCCAGAUUUCUCACACCCAUCUGCUGAGGAUUGGUGGUUCAAAUCGGCAUCUGAUUUUCACAAGGUGAUCAACUUCCACGGUUUGUGGAUAGACAUGAACGAACCAGCCAAUUUCAAUGGUGGAUCACUCAGUGGUUGUCCAUCAUCAAAUACGCUUGACAAUCCUCCUUAUGUCCCAAAAAUUCUCGGAAACUCUUUAUACGAUAAAACGAUCUGUCCAUCGGCCUUACAUUACAACACAACACACUAUAAUAUGCAUAAUAUAUAUGGUUACGAUGAAGCACGUGUAACCCACAAUGUAUUGACUCGAAUGUUUCCUGAUAAACGACCAUUCAUAUUGACGCGUUCAAGUUUUGCUGGUUCAGGUUUGUAUGCCGCUCACUGGACAGGAGAUGUUUUAUCGAAUUGGGAUAGUUUGAAAACUUCUGUGGCUCAAAUUAUUAACUUUAAUAUGUUUGGUAUUCCGAUGGUUGGUGCUGAUAUAUGUGGAUUUACAGGAAAUACAACAGAGGAACUGUGUAUCCGGUGGAGUCAGUUAGGUGCAUUUUAUCCAUUUGCUCGGAAUCACAAUGAAGAUGAGGCUAUGGAUCAAGACCCUGCAUAUUGGAGUAAAGAAGCUACUGAGGCAAUCAAAGAAUCCUUGAAGUUAAGAUACCACCUACUGCCGUAUAUAUACACAUUAUUCUACAGAUCAUACUUAAAUGGAACAACUGUGGCUCGUGCCCUCGCAUUCGAGUUCCCUGAAGAUUUAGCCACACAUAAAGUCAAUGCACAAUUCAUGCUCGGAUCGUGCAUCUUAAUCACUCCAGUGCUCGAUGAGGGUCGUACAUUCGUUGAGGGUUACGUUCCGUCAGGAGAAUGGAUUAACCUAUCCACUGGCAAACGGUAUUUCAGUCGAGGUACUUGGAAAUAUUUCGAUGCUCCUUUGAAUGUCAUUCCGAUUUCCGUCCGUUGUGGCUGUAUAAUUCCAAUGCAAGUUUCUGCUGAAACAACAGAUAUCGCUCGUAAGAAAGGAUUCGGUUUAUUUGUGAUCUUGUCUUCAACUGAUGAUGGAAGUGAUGCUGCUGGUCAGAGGAUCACAGCAUCAGGUGAAUUAUUCUGGGACAAUGGAGAUGAUGCUAAUUUAAAUUAUGUACACGCGAAAUUUGAAGUUCGUGAUCGUACUUUAACAGUGAUUUCUACACCUUCGAGUGUUGAAAGCUUAAAGAAAGUUGAUUUGAAAGAACUAGAUGUUAAGACUAUUCUUAUAGUUGGUUUCAUUAUAAAGCCUACAGAAAUUCUUGUAAACAAUAAACCGGUAGAUUUUAUGUUUGACAAUGACUUAGAAACUUGUCAAAUUAAAAAUCAAUCGCUUUUAACUUUAAGUAAACAAUUUAUAAUCAAAUGGAAAUUUUGAUUAUCUUUCACAAUUUCUUUUUACAUUGCUCAUUAUCAUUCAGAUUAUUUUAAAAAGACUAUGUUAUUUCGGUACCAGGAGGUAUACAGAUAAUUACACUCCAUUUUAGAAUAUAACUUCCAUUAAGUGAACCCAUUAAUUCUUUUAUUACUGUUGUAUAGUCAUUGAAAUUUCUUGUUUGUUUAUUGAUUUACUUUUUUAAUCACUAUUGCCUUGUUUUCUUUUAAGUAAUUUAUUUUUUGGCAAUGAUAUUGAUUGUUUGUUAAAUUAAUUUUUAGUUAUUUAUAUGCUGAAUUAAAUUGGUUCUUUUGAG